AUGACCGACCCCGUCGCAGACAAAUCUGGCUUCCUGUGCAUGUAUAUGUCUAGCCACCCAGACACACUCGUCUCGUACGCGAAACACUAUGGCCAGAUCCGAGAGCACAUAACUAGCGCGAAGAUGGAGUCUAUAGACUCACAGGGCAUGAAGCUUUCAUAUCAGACGAAAGCGAAUUCUUCUAGACAAUCUGUUCAUGUGCCAUUUAAUCCCCCGCUCGCAGGUUACGAGGAAGUCAAACCUCGUCUUCUCAGUAUGAAGGCAGACGCAGAUGAGGCGCUAGGAACUGCGAAAGCACCUCCGAUCACCUCGUUUCGCCUCCCACUCAGGACGUUCCAGACGUUCUCUCUUAUCAGUUUUCUAGUGUAUACCACCUAUGCUCCAGUCAACGAUCCGUCACCGGUGUGGGCUGUUGGACAAUUCCUACAUUCACUGGUUGGUGGGCAGACAACCAUGGCCUUCAUUUGGGUAUUCCUCGGCGUGGUACACGCCGGAGAAGGGCUUUACGCGACCCUGCUGGCGAAGAAACACCAGAUGCCCUUCUCAACUGCGAUAUCAUAUAUUACGGCGAUUACCAUCUUCGGGUAUCCGGUCUUACUCGACCUACGCUCGCGGAUUCAGACAGCUCGCAUUGAGUCUAUCAUGAAGGGACAGUGA